AUGACCGCGGGCUCCGGCGUGCUGCUGGUGCUGCUUUCGCUCUCCGGCGCGCUUCGGGCCCGUGGUGGGGAUCUUACAGCCAGGGAGACCUGCGAGGCUGGAUUCUCCGAGGAAGGUUACACAGCAUUAAUCUCCCAGAAUCUUCUGGAAGGAGAGAAGCUCCUCAAAGUCAAGUUCAACAGCUGUGUGGGGACCGAGGGGACGCAAUAUGAGACCAACAGCGUGGACUUCAAAGUCGGGGCGGACGGCACGGUCUUCGCUGCCCGGGAGCUGUGGAUCCCCUCCAGGGAGGUGGCCUUCACGGUGACCGCGUGGGACGGCCAGGCGGCUGAGCGCUGGGCUGCCGUGGUGCGGCUGCUGGUGGCCCAGACCUCGUCCGCGCUCUCCGGACACCAGGUGCCGUGGAAAGGCAGGACGCCCCCGGGCCUGGACCCGGCCCAGCCUCCGAGAGACACGCUGCGCCCCUGGCCCCAGCCCCCGCACGCCAGCGGGCUGCGGAGACAGAAGCGGGACUGGGUGAUCCCGCCCAUCAACGUGCCGGAGAACUCGCGUGGGCCCUUCCCCCAGCAGCUGGUGCGGAUUCGGUCGGACAAAGACAACGACAUCCCCAUCCGCUACAGUGUCACGGGCGUGGGCGCCGACCAGCCCCCCAUGGAGGUCUUCAGCAUCGACUCCAUGUCCGGCCGGAUGUAUGUCACGCGGCCCAUGGACCGGGAGGAGCGGGCCUCCUACCACCUCCGAGCCCACGCCGUGGACAUGAACGGCAACAAGGUGGAGAACCCCAUCGACCUGUACAUCUACGUCAUCGACAUGAACGACAACCGGCCCGAGUUCCUCAACCAGGUCUACAACGGCUCCGUGGCCGAGGGCUCCAGGCCAGGCACCUACGUGAUGACCGUCACGGCCAACGACGCCGACGACGGCGCCACGGCCAACGGGAUGGUGCGGUACCGCAUCCUGACCCAGAGCCCGCAGAGCCCCUCCCAGAACAUGUUCACCAUCAACAGCGAGACAGGGGACAUCGUGACCGUGGCGGCCGGCCUGGACCGGGAGAAAGUGCAGCAGUACACAGUCAUCGUCCAGGCCACGGACAUGGAGGGAAACCUGAACUACGGCCUCUCGAACACGGCCACCGCCAUCAUCACCGUGGCAGACGUGAACGACAACCCGCCGGAGUUCACCGCCAGCACGUUCGCCGGGGAAGUCCCCGAGAACCGGGUAGAGACGGUGGUCGCAAACCUCACCGUGAUGGACCGGGAUCAGCCCCACUCCCCCAACUGGAACGCCGUCUACCGCAUCAUCAGCGGGGACCCCUCGGGGCACUUCGUCAUCCGCACAGACCCCGUCACCAACGAGGGCCUGGUCACCGUGGUGAAGGCGGUGGACUACGAGCUCAACAGAGCGUUCAUGCUCACCGUGAUGGUGGCCAACCAGGCGCCCCUGGCCAGCGGCAUCCAGAUGUCCUUCCAGUCCACGGCGGGGGUGACCAUCUCGGUCGUGGACGUCAACGAGGCCCCCUACUUCCCCUCCAACCACAAGCUCAUCCGCCUGGAGGAGGGCGUGCCCCCCGGCACGGCGCUCACCACCUUCUCGGCCGUGGACCCCGACCGCUUCAUGCAGCAGGCGGUGAGGUACUCGAAGCUGUCGGACCCCGCGAGCUGGCUGCACAUGAACGCCACCAACGGGCAGGUCACCACGGCAGCCGUCCUCGACCGCGAGUCCCUCUACAUCAAAAACAACGUCUACGAGGCCACCUUCCUGGCGGCUGACAACGGGAUCCCCCCAGCCAGUGGCACCGGGACCCUCCAGAUCUAUCUCAUCGACAUCAACGACAACGCCCCCGAGCUGAUCCCCAGGGAGGCCCAGAUCUGCGAGAAGCCCCACCUCAGCGCCAUCAACAUCACCGCUGCCGACGCCGACAUCGACCCCAACGUCGGCCCCUAUGUCUUCGAGCUGCCCUUUGUGCCGGCCGCCGUGCGGAGGAACUGGACCAUCACCCGCUUGAACGGUGACUACGCUCAGCUCAGCCUGCGCAUCCUCUACCUGGAGGCCGGGGUGUACGACGUCCCCAUCGUCGUGACAGACUCGGGGAACCCCCCGCUGUCCAACACGUCCGUCAUCAAGGUCAAGGUGUGCCCGUGCGACGAGAACGGCGACUGCACGGCCGUGGGCGCGGUGGCAGCGGCCGGCCUGGGCACGGGGGCCAUCGCGGCCAUCCUCGUCUGCGUCGUCCUCCUGCUGACCAUGGUCCUGCUGUUCAUCGUGUGGAUGAAGCGGCGGGAGAAGGAGCGCCACACCAAGCAGCUGCUCAUCGACCCCGAGGACGACGUGCGUGACAACAUCCUCAAGUACGACGAGGAGGGUGGCGGCGAGGAGGACCAGGACUAUGACCUCAGCCAGCUGCAGCAGCCCGAGGCCAUGGAGCACGCGCUGAGCAAGGCGGCCGGGGUGCGGCGGGUGGACGAGCGGCCCGUGGGCGCCGAGCCCCAGUACCCGGUCAGGCCCGUGGUGCCCCACCCGGGGGACAUCGGCGACUUCAUCAACGAGGGGCUGCGGGCGGCCGACAACGACCCCACGGCGCCCCCCUACGACUCCCUGCUGGUCUUCGACUACGAGGGCAGCGGCUCCACCGCGGGCUCGGUCAGCUCCCUGAACUCGUCCAGCUCCGGGGACCAAGACUACAACUACCUGAACGACUGGGGACCCCGGUUCAAGAAGCUGGCAGACAUGUACGGGGGCGGCGAGGACUGA